CACGCAUGCAUCUACCGAACUAGAGUCCGACACAGGACAGAUAAGAUGGACCGAGCAUUCCGCUACGGCAGCUAAUCCGAUGUAGCUUCUAUCGAACUAUCUGCUGAUACCGGCAUUUCGACUUGAGAACGAAGUCAAAAACAUUGAAGCAGUGUGGAGUGAUUGAAGAACAAAAAAGUGCAAACAAGGACAAUCCGUGACAUCCGCCUUUGAACCGGAUCUAGUCCGGUCCAGAACUAGGUGGAACGUAACAUCGAGCAGGCGACGUGGGAUAUAAAACAACGGAACAGCGUGCAGCCGUGGAGCUGUGUAGGUGACAUUGGUGCGCCCAUACAUACAGCAGCCAGAAGCAGAGGACACGUAGCCAGAAACGGUUCCGGAGAAAGGUAGUGUUUGGCGAUGCGUGUAACGAACAUACGGGGUGGCCGGAUAUUCCGGAUCGCGAUCGGGCUUGCGAUCGUGGUGCUGAUACUGUACAUGCUCGCCAGCUGGUCCGGCGUUGACCACCGGUCGGUGCAGGAUGCGUACAAUGCCCGGUUUGCGGCGCGCCGAGACGGAAGCGGCCGUGUGGAGCAGGAAGAUCAGAGCCAUCCGAAGGAGGUACCGCAGCUGGUGGAGGGGCUCGGUAACUUUGAGCCGACCGAUUUGAACCCUAAGGAGGGACCGGGCGAGGGUGGAAAGGCGUAUGUUCUGCCGGAGGAUCAGCAGAACCGGGCGACCGAUGCGGAGAUGGAGUACGGCAUGAACAUCGUCGUAUCGGAUGCGAUUUCGCUCGACCGGACAAUACGUGACACGCGGCUGGAGGAGUGCCGCCACUGGGACUAUCCGUACGAUCUGCCGAAGACGAGCGUCAUCAUCGUGUUCCACAACGAAGGUUUCAGCGUACUGAUGCGAACGGUGCACUCGGUGUUGAACCGCUCCCCCAAGCAUCUGCUGCACGAGAUCAUUCUCGUGGACGACUUCUCGGACAAGGAGGAUUUGCGUGGCAAACUGGAGCAGUACAUCGAGCGCUUCGGCAGCAUGGUGAAGCUGAUACGGAACAGCGAGCGCGAGGGUCUCAUCCGGACGCGAUCGCGAGGUGCCAAGGAGGCAACGGGCGAGGUGAUCGUGUACCUCGACGCGCACUGCGAGGUCAACACGAACUGGCUACCGCCACUUCUGGCACCGAUUCAUCGCGAUCGGACCGUGAUGACGGUGCCGAUCAUCGAUGGCAUCGACCACAAGACGUUCGAGUACAGGCCGGUGUACGCGGACGGACACCACUACCGGGGCAUCUUCGAGUGGGGCAUGCUGUACAAGGAGAACGAGGUGCCGCGACGCGAGCAGAAGCGCCGCAAGCACGACAGCGAACCGUAUCGCAGUCCGACUCACGCCGGCGGACUGUUUGCAAUCAACCGGAAGUUCUUCCUCGACCUGGGCGCGUAUGAUUCCGGCCUGCUCGUCUGGGGCGGGGAGAACUUUGAGCUGAGCUUCAAGAUUUGGCAGUGCGGUGGCAGCAUCGAGUGGGUGCCGUGUUCGCGCGUCGGCCACGUCUAUCGUGGCUUCAUGCCGUACAACUUUGGCAAGCUGGCGAGCAAAAAGAAGGGUCCGCUGAUUACCAUCAACUACAAGCGCGUGAUCGAGACGUGGUUCGAUGAGCAGUACAAGGAGUACUUCUAUACGCGCGAGCCGCUCGCGCGCUUCCUCGACAUGGGCGACAUCAGCGAGCAGCUGGCACUCAAGGAACGGCUACAGUGCAAGAGCUUCCGCUGGUACAUGGACAACGUGGCGUACGACGUGCUGGACAAGUACCCGAUGCUCCCCGCGAACGUCAAGUGGGGUGAGCUGCGUAACGUCGGGAUGGAAAAGUGUGUCGAUGCACUGGGGCGACAGCCGCCGGCAAACAUCGGGCUGCAACCGUGCCACGGGCAGGGCCACAACCAGCUGCUCAGGUUGAACGGUGCGGGUCAGCUCGGCGUCGGCGAGCGCUGUAUCGAAUCGUACAACGCCGAAAUCAAGCUGUCCUUCUGCCGGCUCGGCACCGUCGACGGCCCGUGGCAGUACGACGAGCAAUCCGGUACGCUGCUCCAUCGAACGUACAAGAAGUGCAUGGGCUACCAGCCGCAGACGCGCCAGCUCGCGCUAAUGCCGUGCGAUAUCAACAAUGCCUAUCAGUCGUGGAAGUUCCAGGAGAUACAGCCGCACUGGUAACUGACGGCGUACACAGGACCGAUUCACGCGGGUGUCUUGCAAUACACACAAAACGAAGCUAACUAAUCAUCCACCACCAGUCGAUUCCUCAACCCGAUGGCACCGUUUGAAGCCACCAAUCCAAAUUACUAUUUGAGAAGUCAUCGGAUUUGAACGCGGGGAAGUGCAAAAACAACACACGGGAACAGUGGAUAACUGCACAAGCUCUUCCAUCGUCGAUCGAUCUCUUCCUUUGCGAAGCAACUUGGGCUUACGUAGCGGUACACGAGUUCGGUUAUUUUAUAGUUUGUAGUUCGGUAUAGCGGAUGCUGCGGUUGAAACAACCAUCAUCGUAUCAUCAAUAUUAGUGAUAGGCAUAUUGCGUGGAGUACUUGAAUGGACGUGCUUGCCUAAUGCACACAUUUUUUUUUUUCAUUUUCUACCAUAUUUCCAAGCUAACCUAUUAUUAUUACCUUGACUACUUCCAUCGGUUCUCAAUUAGCAAGAGUUGAUUUGGCAGAGAAGCGUGUGUCCCCCCC